AUGCAUUUAUUAAAAUUGUCAGACACGGAAAAAUUGUUCUAUAUCCCGUCCUGUUUAGACGCUGAUGCUAAAGAUUGGUUUUUUGAUAAUUAUCAUUUUGUUCCAUCGUGGUCAUUAUUUGUACAGAAAUUACUUGAUACAUUUGAAUCUUCUAGUAAAGCUGAUAUUGCUUUUAAUCGUUUACGUCAAUAUCAACAAAGUUUACAUCAAGAUGUACGACAGUAUUAUUUUGAACUUAUGAAAUUAUGUAAAGAAGCAAAUCCAUUAAUGGAUGAAUCAUCUAAACUUCAAUACUUGAAAGAUGGUUUAAAGUCCUCAUUACGAUUUGAUAUUCUUCUAAAAAAAUCCAACAACAACGGAUGA